AUGCUCAUUGAUAGGAACCUUCCUCCCACAGUACUGCGAUUUCUCUUCUCAUGGUACAGGGACCAAGAACUAGUUGUUCGCUGGAAUGCAGAUAUUUCAGCAUCUUUUAAUGUUUCGAAUGGUGUACGUCAGGGUGGUGUUCUCUCUCCAAUCCUUUUCACGGUUUAUAUUGACGAGCUCCUGCAAAGACUAUCUCGACUCGGAAUUGGUUGCCAACUUGGUGGGCACUCUGUCUGUGCACUUGGUUAUGCUGACGAUAUAGCCCCCUCACCAUCUGCCAUGCGUAUCUUAUUGAAAGAAUGUGAAGUAUUUGCCUCUGAAUUCGAUAUAACUUUUAAUGCCAGCAAAACUCAACUUAUUUGUUUCAGCAAUCGUCCGAUGACACUACCUAACGGAGUAUUCAGGUUCAAUGGAGUUGCUCUUCAAUUUACAGACAUAGUGACCCACCUUGGCCACACCCUUCAUCGCAAGUUGGAUGACGAAGUUGAUAUUGCACAAGUAACUUCCGCUAUGUGCAGGAAAGCUAACUACCUGCUCCAUACAUUUAGUGGGUGUGAUAUGAGAGUGAAAGCUAAUUGUGACCCACUGCCUCUCACUAUAUGA